CAGAGAGGGAGAGGGGAGGGAGGUUUAAAAGGAGAGGGAUAAACAGCCAAUCCAAAGAAGGAAGACAUUCAUAAAAAUAGGAUCCGAAGAAAACGCAAAUCUGCCUGCCUACAUUUUGCUGGACAAAUAUUACAUAUUAUAUUAUCGUCAUUACACUAGACUCCUCGUGGUGUCACGUACGGAUUCAGAUACAGAGAGAUUGAUUCAGCGAGGAAAAUCCGAGUUUGCUGACUCGGGUUUUCUUUCAUGCUUGCCGGAAAAUAUUCCUCACGGCCGGGAUUUGUUUGUUCUCUCUUUAAUGCACGAAGUUUGAGUCUAGAGGAUUUCUUCAGAGAAAAAAGGUAUUUUUCAGUGGUGGGGUUAGGCGGUGUGAAUUUGGUGACACUUCAAUAUUCAAUAAUCUCAUCGCAGGAUUAAAUUUUCUUUCUUAACCGGAAGGCAGCUUUUUUCCUGGAAGCUACUCUGGGAGGCAGGCUGCCUUCUCUCUGGAAAGCAUUUUGAGGUCAAAGGUUCAUCAUUUGCAACAAGUUUACCUGCUUGGUGCCUUUGUCUUCUCAUAUGAGUAAACAUCUACUAGCUGAGGUUUGCUGAAAGCUUUCUGUCAUAAUGGGUGGCUGUGUCUCAACAAACAAUGAAAGAAUAAGAACAACUAGGAAACACAUGCGUAAAUCUUCCAAAAGUAGUGGAAAGAGUUCCACUUGUAUUGCUGAUUCCCCUAUUCAACGGCUUAGUGAUGCUGGAAUUAGUGAUUUUGCUCUUAGAGAGUUUGUUCAUCUUGACUUUGAGAAGGGUGCUGCAACUACCUGCAAGAGAUCUGAAGUUUCUAAUAAGACAUUCCAUCUCACCCAGCUACAAUGGAACCAUAGUCAAAUUGAUGCAAAUGGAAUAUGUCAGGAGGAAGUAUGGUUUGACUCUCUUAGUAUUAUAGAUUCAGAUUCGGAUGAUGACUUCAUCAGUGUGCAUGGAGAUUGUUUUCCUCCUGUUGGUAAUGCAACUGGACAUAAACAAAACACUCAAAUGCUUCAAUAUGGAGCUGCAUCAUGCUUUGUAGAUGCUGGGUGCAAGUAUGAGGGCUUCUAUGAAAGCUACCUGAAAAUGGAUGGAGGAGGUCCAAAGGGCGAUGAGGUUUCUAGUAAGAUAAAGAAAGCUUUAGAUGAUCCUUGUGGAAAUUUUAAAGGUCUCAAAGAGGGCAUGCAUGACUUGGCAGAGAAAACUCAAGAAUGUAGAAGGAAAUCAAAAGUAAUUAUGCUAUCAUUAAAGAGGAAAUCUUGCGAUGGAGAGGAAACAACAGAAUUCUCCGAGAGAUUACUGUAUCGCCCAAGAGCAGGAUUUCUGAUUCCACGUUCAAAAGGAGAGAAGCCAACUGCUGGAUGCUGGUCUGAGAUUUCACCUUCAGUUUUUAAGCUCCGAGGCGAGACUUUUUUCAGAGAUAAGCAGAAGUGCCCUGCUCCGGACUACAGUCCAUAUGUACCAAUUGGCGUAGAUUUAUUUGUAUGCCCACGGAAGAUAAAUCACAUUGCUCAGCAUCUUGAACUUCCUAAUUUGCAAGCGCAUGAGAAAGUACCGCCGCUGCUGAUCAUUAAUAUGCAGCUUCCCACUUAUCCUGUUUCAAUGUUCAAUUGUGAUUCGGAUGGAGAAGGCAUGAGCCUUGUAGUAUAUUUUAAACUAUCUGAGAAUUUCAACAAACAGAUUUCACCUUGUUUUCAAGACAGCAUCAAGAGACUUGUUGAGGAUGAUAUGGAAAAGGUUAAAGGCUUUGCAAAAGAGUGCACAGUUCCUUUCAGAGAGAGGCUGAAAAUUCUGGUGGGGCUAGUUAAUCCAGAGGAAUUGCAGUUGAGUUCUGCAGAAAGGAAGCUUAUUCAUAGUUAUAAUGACAAGCCAGUGCUUUCACGCCCUCAACAUGAAUUCUUUAAGGGACCUAAUUACUUUGAGAUUGACCUGGAUAUACAUCGGUUCAGUUACAUAUCUAGGAAAGGACUUGAAGCAUUCAGAGAUCGCUUGAAGCAUGGGAUAGCUAAUGUGGGUCUGACUAUUCAGGCACAAAAACAAGAGGAACUGCCAGAGCAAAUGCUGUGCUGUGUGCGCUUGAACAAGAUAGAUUUGGUAAAUCAUGGCCAAAUACCAACUGUUGUUACUCGGGAUGAUUAAUUUGAAUAGGCACCAAGGGGAUGAUUCCGGCAAAAGAAACAAUCUAUAAGCACAUUUUGUAGAUUCCUUGAUCUGUAUCAACCACAAGAAAAUGAAAAUUCGUUUUUUUGUAUUCCUUUCCCACCACCAUUUGUUUUUUUUCACCACGAUGAUAAAGUUGAUGAGAACCAGCACUUAAAGAUCA